GUAUUUGUCUUGAUAUACGCGAUCAUUUCGGUAGAUCUGGCCAUAUGGUCCACCAUCUUGGACUUGGUAUAAUUCCUUCAUAUCAGAUUUAUUCAAAUUUAUAUAUUUAUUCAUAUUAAGAUAUUCUAGAUAAUAUGAGAUUUAAUUUAUAUAAUAAAAUUGCACAAACAAAUAAAAAAAAUACAUGUUCUAUCGCCGGGGGCUCUUUGCGAAGGCGCUAAUUGUUGUGUCUCCCCAUAUGCAGAAACCGUAACAACUCUUCACCUCAGACAGAGAGACAGCCAGAUAGAAACCAUUCACUGGGAAGGCCAGCAUUCCUGUCCACUUAAACACCUGUUGAGUAUGAGAUAUCUAAAAAAAACUUGAAUGUGCACAUGAUGAGAAUGUCCUAUUGGUUCAGUCCGUGGAUGACCCAUGUCCCUGUCUUUGUGCUGUCAUCCGUACGGUCGAUGACCUCCCAGUCUUCGUGAAGGGGCCGCGUGACAAUUCUUCACCUCUACAAGAGACACAACAAGAAAUCCGCAAGUGGGGACUCAGGCCGACAUUUCUGGACACCUGUUGAGUCUAAGAUCUCAAGAAGAUUUGAGUGUGAGGAUGUCCUGGCUAUAUGUACAGAGAGCAGUCCGACACCAGGGGCAGAGUUUGCUCCGGGUUUGUGGCGCACGAAGUUUGGCGACCCUAAAAACGACCUACCGUCUGCAGAGCACCCGGGCGGAAGACAGCGUUGCGGACGGCACAGCCGCUCGGCCGUUUGAGGAGAUCCCCGGGCCGAAGGGUCUUCCCUUGAUUGGGACGGCGUUGGAUUAUACUCCUUUUGGUCGAUUUCCAAUAAAAACAAACCUGCGAGAUUCAUACAGAGAGAGAACAAAGACCUACGGGAGUAUCUACCGUGAAAAGAUCGGACCAAGAGAACUAGUGGUCAUCAGCGAUCCGAAGGACAUCCAGAAGGUGUACCGCAACGAGGGGAGAUAUCCGGAGCGCCCACAGGUGGACAGCAUCAAAACCUACCGGGAGAUGAAGAAGCUGCCAGCUGGAAUAGUGGUUCUAAACGGUCCUGAGUGGCAGCGCGUGCGCAGUUCGGUUCAGAAGGACCUCAUGCGGCCCAAGACUGUCGGUGCGUACGCCUCUCUGCAGGAUGACGUCACCAGGGACUUGGUUGACGUCAUCAAGGCUCUGAUAGGGAAGGAGGAGAGCGGAGGUCAAGUUCACAACUUCAUCAACUAUGUGUACAGAUGGACGCUAGAGUCGAUCAGCGUGGUUGUGCUGGACAAGCGGCUAGGUUGCCUGACCUUGGGUGACCUUGAACCGGGUUCUGACGCACAAAUGAUGAUUGGCGGGGUCAACGACUUUCUUCAACGCAUUUGCCAAACUGGAAAUGUCAGCAACUGGUCUCUACAAGUACAUCAGCACACCGACCUGGAGGAAGUUCCAAAAGGCGAUCGACCAGUGGCACACUUCUUCUGGUUUGCGCUAAACAUCAACAGAGGGGGAGUCGCUGCGAAGUUGCUGAAGGAAAAGCUGACGCAGAGUACAAUUGAAGAUGGGAAACCCGCCGAGUCCGACACGGACUUUCUCCAGAGCCUCCUGUCCAGGAAUGACGUCACCUUCGAGGAGGCGAUGGAGAUGGCAUUGGAUCUGUUGUCUGCCGGGAUCGACACGACGGGGAACACCCUGAUGUUCAACCUCUUCUGCUUGGCGAAAAACCCGGAAGCCCAGGAGAAACUUUACCGAGAGAUCCAGGAGGUGGUCCCAGCCGAGCAGCCCAUAGAUGAUAAGGUGUUGAACAGGAUGCACUACCUGCGGGCCGUGGUGAAGGAAACUUUCAGGGUUUAUCCAACUUUCCUUAACAACGUAAGAACGCUGGACCGAGACAUCGUGUUGUCGGGCUAUGUCGUUCCUGCGAAGACGAUCAUCAUAAUUGGUAAUGACGUCAUCAGCUCGCUUCCGGAAUACUAUCCGGAACCGGAAGUCUACAAACCGGAAAGAUGGCUCCGUGAUGACGAGUCUAGCAGUAUCCAACCGUUCACCCUGCUGCCGUUCGGCUACGGACCGAGGAUGUGCAUCGGUCGGCGUUUUGCAGAACAAGAACUGCAUCUCGGAUUGAUCAGGAUUGUGCAAAAUUUCCACGUCGGGUGGGCAGGAGAAGACAUGAAGCAGGAGAACAGGAUGGUGUUUGCUCCGGACAGGGACACCUUUGUCUUCUCCGAAAGAACUUAGAGAUUCCUUCUAACCAAGCAUACAAUUAUACUCCUGGUACUGUUCAGGUGGUUAAACAACGGUUGGUAGAAUUUGGACAACACCAUUUGGUCGGAAGUUGGUCAAGAAUAUCUACCAUGGAACUGCUCGACAGCGUAGAGGUUACAUCCUGUCGAACGAAUCGAACAAAUAGAACUCCCUAAUCGAAAACAUAGAAUCCCCUAUUCUAUUUCGAAACAGAAUCAUGCAUGAUCGAACAGGGGGCGGGGCUUGAGGAUCGGUCCAUUGUUCAGGAGAGUACAGUACAAUGCUAAAAACUUUUGUGCAAUACAAAGGUGUACAGGGAUCAAAUUUUUAACGAUUCUUAACGUCUCAGGUAUUUUCGCAGCAUCUAAA